UUAGCGAAAAAGAUUCUCUCGAUUAUGUAAUAAGAGAAGCAAUUGGUAUAAUCAGAAGAGAAGAUAACGAAAGUUUAGAUAUAAUAGCGAACGCCAGAGAUUUAAUUGAUAUAAAUCAAGAAAAUCUUCCUAUCAGCUCCAUUUCAACAUUUGUAACGGGAUUUGCAACUGAACCAGUUCAAAGUGACGAUGAAUUAUUCAAAAGUAUUAAGAUACUCAUUACCGAAUUCAUCAAAGGUGAAAGCUCAGGAAAAAAAUUCCUCAUCAAGUGCAGAUAUCUCAAGUCAGAUAAAAGAAUUGACAAAAAACUUGUGAGAGCAAGAAAAAGCUCAAAUUUGAUGAUUACGGGGGAAAUACUUUGA